AUGCAAAAAAAUAAAGCACCGGUAAAGAAGAAAGGUCAGCCGGCGCCUUCGUCUUCAGAUGUAAAGCUGCCGAAACUGCCGAAGAUGCAGACUUCAGAAGAGUACAAGAUACGAACCCGACCGAUGUUCUCCCUACCACAGGAGGUGCUGAAACUACCUAAGCCAAUUAGCAAUGCGGAGCAAGUCCGUGCUGCUAAAGCCGCGGCGACACCUCUCCGAAGAAGAUCUAGUGUAAUGCAAAGCUUUACCGCAAUGAGGAAAGCGAGAGAAGAGUUUAGAGAGAAGCUCAUACAAAUGAUACGUAAAUCGGAUCCUGAUGAAGACAGCGACGCGGUUGGCACACUCACUGGAGAAGAGAAGAACAUGCUCCGAUACUAUUACUACCUCAGAUACGGCAUAGAUUCUGUUCACGUGGCGCCUGUGGAUAACAACAUUAUUAAGCGAAUUUAUAGACUGGUCUCUCCAAAAUUAAAGAAAUGGAAAGAUACCCUCGCCGUCUGUACUGAUGAAAUGCGCGAAGAUUUUAUGAUGAGCAUGAAAAGGGCUAUUGUUGACUUCGUCAUGAAGGAUCCUAACACGGAAGAGGAACAAGAGGAAGAGGAGACUCCAAUAAAAACAGAAUUGAACUUAAUGAAGGACGACGCAUGGCGAAACCGCUACGUGUUGGCCAGGAAGUUCAUAAGUAAAAAUCUGUUCACGGUCAACCCAUGUAUCGCGCAAGUGCUACACAUAUGGUGGAACAACUAUAACGAUAUGCGACUAAUUAGGAUAGAAGAUCUAAUGUCCUACGGAAACGCGUACGAAUUAGCUACUUUCAAUACAAUUUGUAACGGCGAAAUAACGGACUCUGCUUAUGAUCUUGUUACCGAAUGGAUACCUACUAUAAAGGCUGUGUUUCAGCAGGGAAUAAAAAGGCGGCAACUUCCUGAUCCUAAAAAUGUGCAAAAGUCGAAGCACUUUUACAACUGUUUGGCUUGUAUAAUGACGUACAAUCUUCAAACUUUAUGUUUGAAAUCUAUGAAAGAAUUUACAGACUAUAUUUUGGAUGUUGAGAUGGGGGGUAAAAACCAAGGUUUUCUAAUAAAUGUAGCCUUUCAACAAGACACGAUUGAGUUUGAGCCCAGCUUUAAAAACUUUAAGGACCAGAUUUGCCUGGUGUACGAUCUCCUCAUCGACUCGUGUAGGCAGUGUCCUCGUUUGGAGACCUUGUUAUAUGAAGACCACGUUAUCACUACUAAAGCAACGCUCAGGCCUGUAAUAGAUAAUGAUUUAGUUGAAGACUACAAGCGUCAGGUUCGUGCAAUGAUAGACGAACAAAGAAUUGGCCCGGAAUUGAGAAUCCAAGACUUCGAUGAUUAUGUUUGUUUACUGAAUGGAACAUCAGCAAAGUUAGUUGAAGAAUUUGUCAAUGCUAAACCUGAUAAAACGUUUGAGGAAUAUUGUGAAGAGUCUGUGAAGUAUGUGGAGUUGGCCAAGGAGAUUCCAGCAGUGUUGGAUAUGACGGUAGAAAUUGGCAUGUACCGCAUCCAGCGGGCGGACCUUAUCAACUCGCUGCGAUCAGCUGCCUCGAGGAUGGCCAACACAUUGCUCAGACGGAUGACGGAAGACUAUCAAACCAUAAUCAAAGCGAUUUACGACGAAUAUGCUGGGAUCGCAGACAAAUUAUUGACUCCGCCUGAAAACACAGCAGGUUUGAUGGAAUUGAUUGCGUACUGCGCCAAGGUGGAGGAAUUUAUGGUGAGAGAGAUGGAGGAUAAGCUGCGUGACGUCAUGCGAUACAUCAUCUUCUUGGGAGACUAUACUACUUUCGCACCACUGGAACUUAAAGCUAAUAACCAGACAUUCCACUGGUAUUCACAAAUACCAGACGUCAUAAUACAGUGCAAGGCCAUGUGUGAAGAGAAGAAACAGGAAUUCAUGAGGACAUUGAAGUCCCGAAUUGAAAAGUUCGUCAAGUCCCUAGAUGUAUUAGAAAAACAAGCGAUGGAACUGCAGUAUUGGGGUGACAUCGAAGAGUUACCGAAAUAUGUGAGUCGAACUCGUCGACUCGAUGACAAGUUAUCGGAUGCGUUGACAACUAUAGACCAAUUCAACGAAGAAGAAGCUGCGUUUGGUUAUGAACUCUCUCAAUAUCCGAAGAGAAAGCAAAUUUACGAUAGAGUCGUGCCUUUCAAGAAACUUUUCGAUGCUGGAUAUGAUUAUCUUCAGAAGUACAACAACUGGAUGACUUCUAAGAUUGGCAGUUAUGAUCCCGAAGAUAUAGAAGGUGAAGUCGGGUACUAUUACAAAAUAGUAUACAAACUAGAAAAGUCAUUCGCAGAUAACCCGGAUUCUUUUCGUCUUGCUUCUUCAGUAAGAGCUAAAAUGGACGAUUUCAAAACUCACAUGGGUAUUGUUCAGACACUCGGUAACCCGGGUCUUAAAGCCCGACAUUGGGAUAAAAUUUCUGAUAUAGUUGGGUUCCCAAUAGUUGUUGAUGAUGAAUUAAGCCUGGAAAAAGUUAUUGACUUCCAUCUAGAUGAUUACGUAGAGAAGUUCGAAAGUAUUUCAGAAGCUGCCACUAAGGAGAGCAAUCUCGAAAAAGCACUGGAUAAGAUGAUGAAAGAAUGGGCGGACCUCAGCUUCGAUAUUUUGAUGUACAAGGAUACUGGAACCUUUAUUUUGUCGAGUGUAGAUGAAAUACAGGUGCUGUUGGAUGACCAUAUUGUUAAGACACAGACCAUGAAAAACUCUCCAUAUAUCAAACCAUUUGAGGAAACAAUUGGAAUGUGGGAAAGUAAAUUGUUACUUCUUCAAGAGAUCCUGGACGAAUGGCUGAAAGUGCAAGCGACGUGGAUGUACCUUGAACCAAUUUUCUCGUCUCCAGAUAUACAACAACAAAUCCCUGAAGAAGGAAGGAGAUUCUCUGCUGUCGAUAAAACCUGGCGUGAGAUAAUGAAAGCCGCGGCUUUGGAACCAAAAGUCCUUGACGUCAUCACUAUAGAGAAAAUGUUAGACAGAUUGAAAAAAUCUAACAACUUGCUGGAAAUGGUACAGAGAGGCCUCAAUGCGUAUCUGGAGAAGAAACGCUUAUAUUUCCCAAGGUUCUUCUUCUUGUCGAAUGAUGAGCUUCUGGAAAUUUUAUCGGAGACCAAGGAUCCUACCCGUGUACAGCCGCACUUGAAGAAGUGCUUCGAAGGUAUUGCAAAGUUAACCUUCACAGACGAACUUGUGGUGACGCAUAUGAAGUCCUCAGAGGGCGAAGUUGUGCCACUCACUAUGACCAUCGACACCGCUGCUGCUAAAGGGCAGGUGGAGAGAUGGUUGGUGGAGUUGGAAUCAGCAAUGAAAGACUCGGUCCACAACGGCGUCGCACUGUCGUUCGAUGACUAUACGCUGAAGAGGCGCGAGUGGUGGGUGCUCGUGUGGCCGGGCCAGUGUGUACAAUGUAUAGCAAUGACUUAUUGGACCUUAGAAGUCACAGAAGCGAUUCAUAUAAGCAUUGCAGCCAUGAAUAAAUAUUGGGACAAAUGCAAUUACCAGAUCUCGAAAAUCGUCGAUUUGGUGCGUGGAGAAUUGAGCUUACAAAACAGAAUUACACUUGGUGCAUUAGUAGUACUAGACGUGCACGCACGUGAUGUGCUUAUGCUACUCAUCGAGUGUAAGGUGCGGGUAGACAAUGACUUCAACUGGUUGUCUCAGAUACGAUAUUAUUGGGAGGAACAGCCAGAGACUAAAAUAAUGCAUUGCGCUACUCGCAUGAUCAACUCAACACUGAUGUACGGCUACGAAUAUCUGGGCAACACGGGCAGGCUUGUGGUGACACCACUAACCGAUCGUUGUUUUAGAACUCUCUUUGGAGCUCUCCACUUAAAUCUGGGUGGAGCCCCCGAAGGACCAGCUGGUACAGGUAAAACAGAAACCACUAAAGACUUGGCAAAAGCGGUGGCCAAACAGUGCGUCGUAUUCAAUUGUUCAGAUGGUUUGGAUUAUAUUGCGCUUGGAAAGUUCUUCAAGGGUUUAGCAUCAUGCGGUGCUUGGUCGUGUUUUGACGAGUUCAACCGCAUCGACCUAGAAGUACUCUCCGUGGUCGCACAACAGAUCCUUUCCAUCCAGCGCGGUAUCAACUCUGGCUCUACAGAAUUGAUGUUCGAAGGAACACUGCUGAAACUCGAUAAAUCUUGUGCUGUCUUUAUUACCAUGAACCCAGGAUAUGCCGGUCGUUCGGAGCUGCCUGAUAACUUGAAGGCGUUAUUCCGUUCCGUAGCCAUGAUGGUACCUGAUUACGUAUUGAUCUCUGAGAUCGAAUUAUACGCCUUUGGGUAUUUGAACGCUAAGCCACUCGCUGUUAAGAUUGUGGCCACUUACAAAUUAUGUUCUGAGCAACUCUCGUCACAAUGCCACUAUGACUAUGGUAUGCGUGCUGUGAAAUCAGUGCUUCGGGCAGCCGGUUCUCUGAAGCUUCGGUAUCCAGACCAAGAUGAGGAAGUUAUUCUGCUUCGGUCCAUCAAGGAUGUCAACCUACCCAAAUUUCUUGAACAUGAUGUACCGCUGUUUAUGGGUAUUAUCGGAGAUUUGUUCCCUGGUCUGCCUCUGCCAGCUGCUGGCUUGCCGUUCUUGGUCGAAUGUCUGAAGCAAGCGUGCGGCCCUCUCAAUUUACAAGCUAAUUACUUCUUCAUAGAGAAGGUUCUCCAGUUGUAUGAGAUGAUUUUAGUGCGCCAUGGUCUCAUGCUGGUUGGUUUCCCAUUUGCUGGGAAAACAAAAUGCUAUCACGCUCUCGGCGGAGCGCUGGGGAAAGUGUCAGAGCAGUCUUUAAUGGCUGAGAAUGCAGUAGAAUGGACAGUGAUCAAUCCGAAAUCUAUAACAAUGGGCCAGCUGUACGGGCAGUUUGACCCGGUGUCCCACGAAUGGUCUGAUGGGAUAUUGGCUGUCAGCUACCGAGCGUUCGCCGUUUCACCAAAUAAUAACAGGAAGUGGCUCAUAUUUGACGGACCAGUAGACGCAAUCUGGAUAGAAAAUUUGAACACAGUGUUGGAUGACAAUAAGAAGCUGUGCUUGAUGAGCGGCGAGAUCAUUCAGCUGGCGCCUACUACUAACCUGGUAUUCGAACCUAUGGAUCUCGAAGCCGCUUCACCUGCUACGGUGUCCAGAUGCGGCAUGAUUUACAUGGAGCCCAAAGGUUUGGGCUGGAAGUGCUUGAUGGAGUCUUGGUUGAACACUCUGCCGAAGACCUUAAAUGACUGGCAUAAGAGUCUGAUCACUGCAUUGUUCAAUCGUUUCACCUCGCCAAUACUUUGGCUUGUUGAGUACUCUGGACUUGUGAAGCAAAUGUAUGUAACAUCUCGCAGCAACUUAAUAGUGGCGUGUAUGAAGCUGAUCGAUACGUUCUUAGACGACUAUAAUGAUGAGAAAUACGUUAGCAACCUGAAUGAUCUCGACAUCAGGGCACAAAUUGAGGGCGUGUUUUUCUUCUCAAGUAUUUGGUCUAUGGGCGCUACCUUGGAAGCUAGCGGUCGACCCAAGUUUGACAUUAUGUUUCGUGGAUUGCUGGAAAAGGAAUUCCCAGAGAAGGUCAGACUAUCCCUUGGAUAUCCUAAGCCGAUAUCAAAACCAGAUAAGCCGUACAUAUUCACAUUGCCUAAGGAGGGUCUCGUGUAUGACUAUCGAUAUAUCAAAGAGGGUAAAGGUAAAUGGAAGCCAUGGCAAGACGACGUGGUGUCUGCGCCGCCCAUCAGCAGGGAUACUCCGCCCAACCAGAUCCUGGUGACCACACUGGACAGCGUGCGCUACUUGGCCCUGUUCCGACUGCUCGUCACACAUCAAAAGCCUGUCAUGAUGGUCGGACCCACUGGCACUGGAAAAUCAUCCUACAUCGUGGAUUAUCUAGUGAAGAAAAUAGACACUAAAGUAUACAAAGCACUUAUAAUGGCUUUCUCAGCGCAAACUAAUUGUAAUCAAACUCAAGAUAUCAUCAUGGGCAAACUCGACAAGAGAAGAAAAGGUGUAUUCGGUCCACCAAUCGGAUGUUAUGCUGUUGUGUUUGUCGAUGACGUCAGUAUGCCGCAAGCUGAGACGUAUGGAGCACAACCUCCUAUAGAAGUGCUGAGGCAGGGCAUUGACCUUGGUCUUUGGUAUGACCGCAAGAUCAACGUGGCUAUGCACCUCAUCGAUGUGCAGUUUAUGUGCGCCAUGGGCAAGCCGACGCCGGGGGCUAAGCUGAUUACGCCGCGGUUCACCCGUCACUUCUCCUUCUUGUGUAUUGAUGAGUUUGACGAUGACACACUUAAGGUCAUCUUCUGCAGGAUUAUGUUGUGGCACUUAGAUUGCAGAGGGUUCUCAAAAGAAUUCGACCCAUGUAUCGAAGAGAUCGUGAAUGGGACACUGGAAGUGUACAAACAGUGUCGGCUGAACUUAUUGCCGACGCCAUCCAAGUCUCACUACACGUUCAACCUGCGAGAUUUCUCUAGGGUCAUUCUGGGCGUACUUUUAUCUGUACCUGAAGUGACACCGGACCUGCAGUCAAUGAAGCGCCUCUGGGUGCAUGAGAACUUGCGUGUGUUCUCCGACCGGCUGGUAGAGGAGUCUGACCGACAGUGGUUCGUCCGCUGUCUGCGAGAAGCCACAGCCAAACAUCUCAAUGACAACUUUGACGGCAUGCUCUCAAGGCUGCUCUCUGGUACAGAGAAAAAGAUUACAGAUUCACAUUUGCGGAACUUAAUCUACUGUGAUUUUGCGAAUCCAAAAGUGGAUACUCGAUUCUACAUGGAAACAACUAACAUGGAGCACUUGAACUCUACAGUGGACGCGUUCCUCGUUGAGUUUAACAACAUGUCGAAAAAACCAAUGAACUUGGUGCUAUUUAGGUUCGCCAUAGAGCAUGUUUCUCGUAUCUGCCGCGUGCUGACGCAGCCGCGGUCGCAUGGCCUGUUGGUCGGCUUGGGAGGCUCUGGUCGUCAGUCGCUUACACGGCUCGCUGCUCAUAUCAACGAAUACGACCUUUUCCAGGUUGAAAUGAGUCGUACAUACGGGAAAAACGAAUGGCGAGAAGAUUUAAAACUUUUGCUAAAGAAAUCAAGCACCCCUGAAUUGCACAUGGUGUUCUUAUUCAUCGAGUCUCAGAUUAAAGAGGAAGGAUUUUUGGAAGAUGUUAACAAUAUGCUGAAUUCUGGAGAAGUACCCAACAUUUUUGGGUCAGAUGAAAAAGCGGAACUUUGUGAAAAGAUGCGAGUGAUCGACAGGCAGCGCGACAAGUCCCUGCAGACGGACGGCAGCCCGACGGCGCUGUACGCAUACUUCGUGUCGAUCGUGCGCGACCAGCUGCACAUCGUGCUGGCCAUGUCACCCGCCGGCACCUCGCUGCGCACGCGCAUACGCAAGUUCCCUAGCUUAGUCAACUGCUGCACCAUUGACUGGUUCCAAGAAUGGCCUCCGGACGCGCUGUUGGCUGUAGCCACUCGGUUCCUGAAAGAUAUCGACCUGACAGAAUUAGAACGUCAGACAGCUAUCAAGCUGUGCCAAGUAUUCCACACCGACACACAGGAGCUGACACGGCAGUUCCAAUUGCGAAUGAAACGUUACAAUUACGUUACUCCUACUGCCUAUCUUGAGCUUAUCAGCAUGUUUAAGUCAUUGCUUACUAAAAAGCGACUAGAGCUAUUAACAGGAGAGAAACGUUAUCUUGGAGGAUUAGAUCAGCUUGCGAUAGCAGCAAAGUCCGUGGCAGCGCUUCAACAAGCGUUAGAGAUUCUGCAGCCCAAGUUGGCAGCAGGAGCAGCUGCCGUCGCCCUCACCACCGCUAAAGUGGAGAAGGAAAAGGCAGACGUCGCUAUUAUUGAAGCUGAUGUACUGGUCGAUCAAACCGCUGCGGAGAAGCAGGCAGCAGCGGCCCAAGCUAUCAAGGAUGAAUGCGAUGCAGACUUGGCUGAAGCCAUGCCAAUCUUGAACUCUGCUUUGGCGGCUCUGGACACGCUCACACCUCAAGACAUCACCUUUAUCAAGACUAUGAAGAGUCCACCGAGGGGCAUCAGAAUCGUCAUGGAAGCUAUUUGUAUAUUAAAGGACGUAAAACCCGAUAAAGUUCCGAAUCCCUCGGGCGUGGGAACUAUUGAAGAUUAUUGGGGUCCGUCUAAGAAAAUUUUAAGCGACAUCAAGUUCUUGGAGUCACUGCAGAACUAUGAUAAGGACAAUAUUCCGCCCGCUGUGAUGAAGAAACUGACCACGACUGUCAUGUUGGACGAGGGAUUCGUGCCAGAGAAGAUUCGUACCGUCUCUGUUGCUGCUGAAGGCAUGUGUAAAUGGGUGAUUGCCAUGACGAAGUAUGACAAGGUAGCAAAAGUAGUGGCGCCUAAAAAGCAGAGGUUAGCCGCGGCACAGGCUGUUUACGAUAAAGCCAUGGGAGCACUUGCUAUCAAGCAAGCCCAGCUGAGAGAAAUCCAAGCGAAAUUGGCAAAGUUAGAAGAAGCACUCGCCGAACAAAAUCGUCAGCAGAAAAUAAUGGAUGAUGAGGUCGCCAACUGUAUGAACAAGUUAAAAAGGGCGGAAAUGCUUAUUUCUGGCUUAGGAGGAGAGAAAACGAGAUGGACGCAGAUUGCGAAAACGUUACGAGAGACUUACAAUACCCUAACAGGUGACAUAUUAAUUUCCGCUGGCGUGAUAGCUUAUCUUGGACCGUUCACAGCUUCGUUCAGAAUCGAGCAGGUCGCAUCGUGGGCGGAAGCAACUCACGAUUGUGGUAUAGUAUGCACAUUGAACUUCAGUCUGACCCAAACUCUUGGUGAGCCGGUCACUAUUCAACAAUGGAACAUUGAUGGCUUGCCUGCUGAUGAUUUCAGCAUUGAAAGUGGUAUUAUUAUAACGUCGGCCCGUAGAUGGCCUCUGAUGAUCGAUCCUCAGGGCCAAGCGAAUCGGUGGGUCAAAAAUAUGGAAAAACCAAACAAUCUAGCCAUAUGUCGCAUAACGCAAACGGACCUUAGUAGAAUUAUGGAGAAUGCUGUGCAAUUUGGACAACCGGUGUUAUUAGAAAAUGUGUUGGAGGAACUAGAUCCAAUGUUAGAGCCACUACUACAACAGCAAACGUUCCGCCAAGGAGGUGCACUGUGUAUCAAGAUCGGUGAUACCAUAGUUGAAUAUAACAAGGAUUUCAAGUUGUACAUAAGCACGAAGCUCGCGAACCCCCAUUAUCUGCCAGAGGUGAGCGUGCGGGUCACCUUAGUAAACUUCAUGCUGGCACGAGACGGACUGCAGGCACAACUACUAACGCGCGUGGUGGCCCGCGAGAGACCUGACCUUGCACAGGCAAAGACAGAGCUGACGACACAGGGCGCCGAGCAUCGCCGGAUACUGCAGGAGACAGAGAAGAAGAUACUCCACGUGCUCUCUACAUCGGAACAUUUGUUAGAGGAUGAAGAAGCUGUACAAAUCCUGAAUUCUGCAAAAGAUAUAUCGAAUGAGAUCAAAGAAAAGCAAGAGGUAGCUGUGGUGACUGAAAAGGCUAUUGAUGUGGCGCGUGAGGAUUACAUCCCGAUCGCUGAACACUCUACCAACUUGUUCUUCCUCAUAGCGUCGCUGGCCCACAUCGACCCCAUGUACCAAUACUCUCUGGGGUGGUUUGAAGUUCUAUUCACCAACGCGAUAGACAACACUGAGAAAGCCGAGGAAAUCCCUGAGCGACUGGAAAAACUACGCACAUAUUUCACCUAUUCUUUGUACGCCAAUAUCUGCCGAAGUCUGUUUGAAAAGGACAAGAUGGUGUUCUCCCUGCUGCUGACGGUGACGAUAAUGACAGCGGAGGGCCAUCUGAACCAGUCACAUGUGCUGUUCCUGAUGGGCGGCGCGCAGCCCCGCCAUUUACCCCCCAACCCCGUGCACUUCCUCACGCCACAGAACUGGUCCGAGUUUUGCGGACUCAAUGAAAUCCCAGAAUUCCAUGGAAUUUUAGACCACUUUAUGGCCAACUUAAAACAAUGGGAAGAUUACUGUGAUUUACCAGACCCCCACAAUCAACCCUUACCCGCGCCCUGGGGCAAUAAACUGUCUAAAUUUGAGAAACUCAUGGUGUUACGUUGUAUGCGGCUAGACAUGAUGGUUCCAGCAGUACAAAACUUCAUUGAAGAGAAAAUGGGACGACAGUUCAUUGAACCCCCUUUGUUUGAUUUGGUUUCAUCAUACGCAGAAUCGAAUUCUUGUGUUCCAUUAUUAUUCGUGUUAACACCUGGCUCAGAUCCUAUGGGAACGUUACUUAAAUUUGCAGAUGAUCAAGGUUUUGGUUCAUCACGUUUGUUCUCACUAUCACUUGGUCAAGGACAAGGACCGAUAGCGGUGAAAUUGGUCGAUGAUGGUAUUCGUAACGGCACUUGGGUUGUGCUGCAAAACUGCCAUUUGGCAAAAAGUUGGAUGCCCAUGCUUGAAAAGAUUUGCGAAGGUUUAUUACCAGAUUCAACACAUCCUGACUUCAGAUUGUGGUUGACGUCGUACCCCGCGGAUCAUUUUCCGGUAUAUGUCUUACAAAACGGAGUGAAAAUGACCAAUGAGCCACCGCAAGGUUUGCGAGCGAAUAUUGCGCGAUCAUAUUCAAAUGAUCCAAUCAACGAUCCGGAAUGGUUUGAAGGCAACAAGCAAACUGAAAACUUUAAAAUGCUGCUGUUUUGCUUGUGUUUCUUCCACGCUGUGGUGCAAGAGCGGCGACAGUUCGGUCCUCUAGGGUGGAACAUCCGCUAUGAGUUCAAUGAGACUGACUUACGGAUCAGUGUUGCACAGCUCUACAUGUUUCUAAAUCAAUACGAUGACGUUCAGUUUGUGGCGCUCCGCUACCUGACCGGCGAGUGCAACUACGGCGGCCGUGUCACUGAUGACUGGGAUCGUCGCACCCUCAACACUAUUCUCUAUAAGUUCUAUAACCCCAAAGCCAUUGAGGAACCUCAUUACAAACUCGCUCCAGAUGAUGCUUACUUCGUCCCCAAUCUGAGGGAGCAUUCAGACUUUAUAGCGUUUGCACUGUCUCUACCUGUUGCAACCCCGCCGUCGGUGUUUGGCUUUCAUUCCAAUGCAGACAUCACUAAACACUUCCGUGAAGCGAAUGAGUUACUUGAUACUGCCAUACUAACUCAGGAUAGAAAGGACCUUCUCAAAAAAUAUUUGGACACGAUGGCGUCUGGAGGUACGGGUGAGACCCCAGAGGAGCAAGCAAUGGCGAUUGCCAAAGAUGUUCUGAACCGAUUGCCGAACAAGAUCCUGACAGGGCCGUCCCACGAGGGCAAUAUCCGGCCGGCCGACAUGACGCCCAUGUCCAUCGUGGUGAUCCAAGAGGCGGCGCGAUACGAGCGGCUCGUGGACGUGGUGCGUUCCAGCUCGCGCGCCGUUAUCGGCGCCGUGCAGGGUAUCAGCGUGUUGACUGACGUCACGGAAGAAGUGUUGACCAGCAUGGUGCGUGGUCGUAUCCCCACUUUGUGGAUAGGCAAGAGCUAUCCUUCCCUCAAGCCUCUGGCAGCGUAUGUCAAUGAUCUACUGGCUAGAUUAGAAUUUCUGCAGCAUUGGCAUCAGUACGGGCCUCCAAUAAUAUUUUGGCUAUCAGGCUUUUACUUCCCGCAAGCUUUCCUUACAGCGGCUCAACAGAGUUUUGCUAGAAAGUACAAAAUUCCCAUCGAUCAACUUGCAUUUCAUUAUGAAGUUCAACGAGAGCAGCAGAAAGAUGCGCCGCCAGAUGAAGGAGUGUUCAUUAAAGGCCUGUUCUUGGAGGGUGCUCGCUGGAAUAUGGACGAGUAUUGUGUGGACGAGUCCUUCCCUAAAAUACUCUAUGACGAUUUCCCCAUCUUAUGGCUGAUCCCGUUGAAGCGCGAAGAUAUUCCGACAGACGUGUUCUACAACUGCCCACUGUACAAGACGGGCGACCGUCGCGGGGUGCUCUCCACCACCGGACACUCCACCAACUACAUCCUCUUCGUCAGACUACCCACGCAGAAGGAGCCUGACCACUGGGUCAUGCGAGGAGUUGCCCUGCUUACUCAGCUUCCAUUCUAA